UCUUCGGUGGGCAGCGCACAAAGUAGGACGGAUCGUGGUUGAGUGAAGUCAAGUGUUUUUUGUGCGGGAGAGGGAGUUUGAGAAAAUCAAAGUUGAAGGGGAUCCAUCAUUCGUCAUCAGCACUCUGUUAUUUUUUCGCCUUGGAAUAGGAUUCACAUUCUUCGCAAGCUAGAUUGGUCGACCGUCAUCGAAUCCCACAGUGAUUUGCGUGGCUCCCGAGGGUAGACACCACUCCGCCAACCAUGGGUUCGCUGUUCCGCAGCGAAGAGAUGACCCUGUGUCAGCUCUUCCUCCAGAGUGAAGCUGCGUACGCUUGCGUCUCCGAGCUCGGAGAGCUUGGUCUGGUUCAAUUCCGGGAUCUCAACCCGGACGUGAACGCGUUCCAGCGCAAGUUUGUUAACGAGGUGCGCCGGUGCGACGAGAUGGAACGCAAGUUGCGUUACCUGGAGAAGGAAAUCAAGAAGGACGGCAUCCCGAUGCUGGAUACGGGUGAAAGCCCCGAAGCUCCCCAGCCGAGGGAGAUGAUCGAUCUGGAAGCGACCUUCGAGAAACUGGAGAAUGAACUACGCGAGGUCAACCAGAACGCCGAGGCGCUCAAGCGCAACUUUUUGGAGUUGACUGAGCUGAAACAUAUUCUGCGUAAGACCCAGGUCUUUUUCGACGAGCCACAAGCAGCGAUCGCAAGCAAUGUACCUAAUAUGUCACGGAACCGCUAUCUGCAGAUGGCGGAUUCGCACAGGGAAGAGGAACAAGUUAACCUACUCGGUGAGGAGGGCAUUCGAGCUGGUGGUGCCGGGGCACAGGGACAAAACCUAAAACUAGGCUUUGUUGCCGGUGUUAUCCUGCGCGAACGUUUACCGGCUUUCGAGCGUAUGCUCUGGCGUGCCUGCCGCGGAAAUGUGUUCCUCCGUCAGGCCAUGAUCGAGUCGGCGUUGGAGGAUCCGUCAAACGGCGACAAGGUCUACAAGUCGGUGUUCAUCAUCUUCUUCCAAGGUGACCAGCUGAAGACGCGCGUCAAGAAAAUCUGCGAGGGCUUCCGCGCCACGCUGUACCCGUGCCCGGAGGCACCAACCGAUCGGCGCGAGAUGGCCAUGGGUGUGAUGACCCGCAUCGAGGACCUGAACACCGUUCUCGGGCAAACGCAGGACCAUCGCCACCGGGUGCUGGUGGCCGCCGCCAAGAACCUGAAGAACUGGUUCGUGAAGGUGCGCAAGAUCAAGGCCAUCUAUCACACGUUGAAUCUGUUCAACUUGGAUGUGACCCAGAAGUGUUUGAUUGCCGAGUGCUGGGUCCCACUGCUGGAUAUCGAAACUAUCCAGAUUGCGCUGCGUCGCGGAACGGAACGGUCCGGGUCGUCCGUACCGCCAAUUUUGAACCGCAUGGAAACAUUCGAGGAUCCUCCGACUUACAAUCGGACGAACAAGUUUACUAACGCUUUCCAGGCAUUGAUCAACGCUUACGGUGUGGCCAGUUACCGUGAAAUGAAUCCGGCCCCGUAUACGAUCAUUACGUUUCCGUUCUUGUUUGCGGUGAUGUUUGGCGAUUUGGGCCAUGGUGCUAUCAUGGCUUUGUUCGGUUUGUGGAUGGUGCUCAAGGAGAAGCCAUUGGCUGCUAAGAAAACCGAUAACGAAAUCUGGAACAUCUUCUUCGGCGGACGUUACAUCAUUUUCCUGAUGGGUGUUUUCUCGAUGUACACUGGAUUUGUGUACAAUGACAUUUUCUCCAAGUCUUUGAAUGUAUUCGGUUCAUCGUGGAGUAUCAACUACAACACAUCGACAGUAAUGUCGAACAAGGCGCUACAGCUAAAUCCGGCAAGCCAGGAUUACUCUGGAAUUCCGUAUCCCAUUGGUUUGGACCCGGUGUGGCAAGUGGCUGAAAACAAAAUCAUCUUCCUGAACGCAUACAAAAUGAAGAUUUCGAUCAUUUUCGGUGUCAUUCACAUGUUGUUCGGCGUGUUUGUUGGAUUGUUCAAUCACCGCUAUUUCAAGAACAAGCUGGCAAUCUACUGUGAGUUCAUACCGCAAGUCAUUUUCCUGGUGUUUUUGUUCUUUUACAUGACGGUGAUGAUGUUCAUGAAAUGGACCAAGUACUCGGCCGAUAGCGAAGACGAAAAAUUCACGGCGGGAUGCGCACCGUCAAUUUUGAUCACAUUCAUCAACAUGGUGCUGUUCAAGUCGGUCGAUCACGACACCGGUGUAUGUAGUCCAUUUAUGUUCGCCGGCCAGCAGGGAUUGCAAAAGUUCCUGGUCAUUAUUGCACUGCUUUGCGUUCCGUGGAUGCUACUGGCCAAGCCGAUUAUGAUCAUGCGCAGCCGCAAGGAAGCAGCGGUAGGUUUAGGAAAUCAUUCGAUUCACGACAUAAAUUUGGUACUAAUUAUAUCCGAUUUGCAGCAUCAGCCGAUGGCUCCAUACAGCAACGAAAAUGGCGACGCCGAAACUGGUCUAAAUCAGCAGAACGCAACCCAAGAUGGAGCUGUUCAGCAGGGAGCUGGUGGCGGCGCAGGCCAUGGACACGAUAACGAAGAAAUGUCGGAAAUUUUCAUUCACCAAGGCAUUCAUACCAUCGAGUACGUGCUGGGAUCGGUGUCGCACACUGCUUCCUAUCUGCGUCUGUGGGCCCUGUCGCUUGCCCAUGCUCAAUUGGCUGAGGUGUUAUGGAACAUGGUGCUGAAGAAUGGUCUCCAACAAGGCGGUUGGAUCGGCGGAAUUGCUCUCUGGGCUAUCUUCGGCUUCUGGGCUGUGCUGACCGUUGGAAUUCUGGUACUGAUGGAAGGUUUAUCCGCUUUCCUGCAUACUCUACGUUUGCACUGGGUCGAGUUCCAGAGCAAGUUCUACGCAGGUUUGGGUUAUGCAUUCACACCGUUCUCCUUCGAGGUAAUAUUGGAUACCAGCUCCAGUUCUACCGAGGAGUAAGUUUUAUUGAAUUGAAAGAAAUUUACCCCAUAUUGAAUUGAUUAACAUAAAAAUGUUCAACUCGAAAUAUUUAAAUAAAAAGAAGAUCGUUAAAUGUUAUAACGCCGGGUGCGUCUGAAAACUAUUCCAAUUGUUCCACCCGUGCUAGUUUGGCUUCAGCAUAAAACUUUGAAACACAUAUAUGCAAAGAAAUCAUUCAAUUGUCAGCACUGUAAUAUUUAUUGUGAAGUGAAAUGUAAGCAACAGUACUCUCUAUUCAAAAUUUAUGAAACUAUUAACCAAAUAUUCAUUACAGGAUUAUGAAACAAUUAAAGUAAAUGUUUGUCAACCAUAACCAAUCAAUAGUAGUAGCAAUAUUGACGUUCAUGCAGAAUAAAAAAAGUAGAUGUAGCACAUUAGCAGCAGCAGA